AUGGAGCUCGUCCCGAGGUCGCCGCAGGAGACAGCGAUAGUCACCGUGACGCCCUCUGCCGUAAUUACUGUCACCAGUUCACCUCCCACUGGAACUACUGUGGUUACGACGGUCACACCUGCAAUCAGCAGCGCCCCUCACAAUCCAUCCGAUGCGGCCUCGGCGCCCCCGGCAGCCUUGGGAUCAGACGGCGGAGGUCUGGGCAGCGGUGCGGUAGCCGGCGUCGCUAUCGGCUGCAUAAUUGCCGGCAUCGCUAUCGGUGCGAUAGCCGCAAUUUGGUUUCUGCGACGGAGGCAGAGAGGCGUGGGCCCGGAGGAGACUCAGUACAUGCUCUCUAACACAGCUGGCGGCGUUUACGAUCCCAAGGAUCCCAUGGGCGCCGCGAUGGCAGCCGAUCCAUUCCGCCUGGAUCAGAUCUUAGCCCCUCCGCUCCCGGACGAGGUCAUAUCGGCCGAGCUGCAGAACCUCAGCCGUAUCAUCCAACAACAUGUUAUGGAAAAUUACCACAGAGAGCUUGUUCCGGUGGACCAAAAUGCGCUUCAUCGGGCGUUGCACGACUUGGGGCUGGGGAACGAUUCGGCGAUACCCUCCGGGCAGCUGGUUAUCUUGGCAGUCAGUCCGCAGGGGAGGGCUACGGCCUUGCAACACAUUAUUGCGCGCGCAGCGACUGCGAGUGUUGUGUUAAGCUCGACGGCUCGCCAUUCACUCCUGCCCCUGUCUAUGUCUGCCUUUAUGCGUGAAGUGGCACCGACCGAGAGAGACAGAGGUAGUGCCAAAGCUGUCUCGGCCGCUUUUGCCCGCUGGCGUCAAAUAUCGACUUUCCUCAUCAACCCGAACAGAAGUGACAGAAUACCUCUGCAACCGACGGAGGCCAUGACGGGUCAGAAGGCUCGCGAGCUCGUGGCGGCUCUCAAUGUGCUUCUUGGUCCCUUUGUCGACCACAACCUGGUUGAGCCGGACGUUCAGCAAGGACAGCUAUACGAUGUGGUCAUGAGGGUGGCGCAGUUCGGAUACAUGCUCAUAUCGCAGCCGGGCGAGUUCCGCCUACGGUGGGAUGCCGGACCACCAAUGACUGCGGGAAGCGACGUCGUUGUAGUCUGUCCAGGCUUGGAUAAAAUUAGCGACGAGCAUGGUAACAGGUACAGCCCAUCAAGGACAUUGUUAGCGCCAGUGGCUGAGAUUGUACGAUGA